AUUUAUUCAGUAUAUUUUGAUAUGCGGUAGCGUGUAGUGUGGAAGCAUCAAAAGCUUAAAUUCAGACUCAAAUGGGUAAAAAAUUAUAUAUAGUAUGGGGAAGCCCUCCUGUUAACGCUGUAAUUAUGACUGCCAAAGCCUUGAACGUUGAAUUGGAAUUGCACGAAGUUGAUUUUGCCAACAAAGAAUAUUUAAGCCAUUGGUAUUUGAAGAUAAAUCCUUCACAUACAGUACCGGCACUGGACGACGAUGGGUUUAUCUUAUGGGACAGUCACGCCAUCUUGGUUUACUUAGCAGAAACCUAUGGAAAAGGUAGUACCUUAUUCAGCACAGAGCCCAAAGAAAGGUACAAGAUACUCCAAAUGCUUAAUUUUGAUUGCGGAAUUGUAACUAAAAAGAUGGCAAAUUGUAUUUGGCCAUUAUUUUACGAAGAUCAAACAUCUAUUGAUCCCAAACAGUUAGAAUACCUUAAAGAUGUCCACGUCGUUCUAGAAAGAAUACUAAAAACGACUAAAUACGUUGCAGGAGAGCGGUUUACAAUAGCUGACAUAAGCAUUUUUUCUUCACUAACUAUUGCUGACAUGAUUUUACCGAUUCAAGAGGACGAGUGUCCGAAUUUAAAAAAAUGGUUUUUGGAUUACAAAAAUUCAGACCUGUACAAGGCUGGUGAGAAAAGCAUUGAAACUACCAGAUUGGGGUUGAAAUUCAAGCUUGGAAACGUUAUUGAAUAGAAUUGCAGUUUUUAUUAUACUUAUAUGGAGAAAAUAAACAUCUUCCUCGUUCUCUACUUCUA